AUGCACACCAGCACGGAUCCCAUGCACGCCCUGCACGACUGCGCCUCCCAGUCCCCGCCACUGCACAAGGGCCAGCGCGGCGGCGUCGCAGCCUCGCGAGCCGCCGCCGCCGCUGCGGAUGAAAUGUCCAUGAUCUGCGACGACAGCGAUUUUGAGUCCACGCCCGCCGGCGGCGGCAGCAGCAGCGGUGAUAAUUACAACAGCAGCGGCGGCACCGUCAACGGCGGCGCUGGCACCGGCGGCCCAUUGGUAAAGCCGCCGUACUCCUAUAUCGCCCUGAUCACCAUGGCCAUACUUCAGUCGCCGCACAAGAAACUCACACUCAGUGGAAUAUGUGAUUUCAUCAUGUCCCGUUUUCCAUACUACAAGGACAAGUUCCCAGCUUGGCAGAACUCCAUUCGCCACAAUCUCAGUCUGAACGAUUGUUUUAUCAAAGUGCCGCGCGAACCGGGCAAUCCGGGCAAGGGCAAUUUCUGGACACUGGAUCCCCUGGCCGAGGACAUGUUCGACAAUGGCAGCUUCCUGCGCCGACGGAAGCGGUACAAACGUGCGCCGGCCAUGCAACGCUUCUCGUUUCCCGCCGUCUUUGGGACACUGUCGCCGUUCUGGAUACGGAAACCGGUUCCGCUGGUGCCGGUGCACUUCAAUGUGCCCAACUUCAAUGGGAGUCGCGACUUUGAUGUGAUGCACACGCCCAGCGAUGUGUUCGACACGGCGCUGCGUGUGGAUAAAAAAUUCAAUUUCUUUGCCAAUGCGGAGGCUUCAUUCUAUCAGAACAACAGCGAGAAGUUCGAUCGCCUGCCGUUCAUCAACCGCCGAGCGGAGCCCGUGGACGCACUGCCUCCAGCCAGCAGCGGCAGCGCCGCCGGCGAUGCCAGCAGAGCCAACAAGUACAAAAAUCCUUAUGCGUUCGAUGUCUCCGCUGCGGCGGCUGGCCUUGGAGCAGCCGAAUAUGCCGAGCGAGCCAACUAUACGGAUCUCAAUGUGUACAACGAUGAUGUGGAUGGGGAGGGGGACGGGGAGGCGGACGAUACGUCAUGCGAUAAAAUUGAUGUGGAAAGCGCCAAUGAGCACGAACAGGACUCGCAUAUAUCGGACUCCGUGGAUUCGGUGUGCACAAAUCCCAAUCGUUUAGAUGUGGCCACAGAGGCCAUCACACGCGAUCCUGAUCCCGAGCCGGAGCGCAAUUCGCCCUAUGCAAUGCUCUUCGAUCAGCCCGCCAAUCUGAGAUGCGCCAGGCAGACCAUGGCCAAGGACUUUCGCAUCGAGACGCUCAUCGGACACGGGCACAGCGAUGGGGCGGCCAGUGAUUAGUUAGUUCAGCCGGGACGGAACGGGACACCAUCUGCUUGUGUAUAUUAAAGUGAUUUCAGUUACGAUUACGAUCUAAGCAUAUU